AUGUCAAUCAAUAUCAACUGGGACACGAUUACGGGCGGUGCAGAUGGCUCCGCUCGCGCAGAAAAGAUACGUGCGUUCAUUCACGACAGAUUUCAACAGGUGACGUUGCCGAGGUUCAUCCGCUCUGUCCAUGUUCACUCGUUCGACUUUGGCAGCGUGCCUCCAGGGAUCGAGAUCAAGGACAUCUGCGACCCCCUGCCAGAUUUCUACGAAGAAGACGAGGACUGCUCUGAUGAGGAAGGUGCCGUUGAUGCCGUUGAUAACCCGAAUGACGUCGGUGAAGUCUCUAAUCAACAACCGAAGCAUUCGACAAAGGACCGGCGAAUGAGAGAUGCAAACAAAGAGGCCUCUCACACCGAAGACCGAAGUUCCAGACAACCAAGCACAGCGCCAUCUUAUCUCAACGGAAGACCAACUGUGUUUCGACACCCCAAUGAACAGUUAGGGUUUCCACGAGUCUCUACCCCAGGCAUACCCGGCGGUACUUCCAACCUCAACUAUUUCCACCUGCCCUUGAGUGCAGGUCUCUCUGGUGCCACGACACCCUUAGCCGCUGUAGCUGGUGCACAGAUCCAGGGCUGGCUUGACAAUCCUUAUGGUCGGCCUAGGACACCAACCAACAAGCGUCUUCAUCAUGCUGCUUCAAUGAACUCGUUGACGUUGACGCCACAAUCGAAUCCAGAUCCCAGCACCCGACCCUCAUCGCAGCAUAAGUACGACGACGAAAGGAGAAACUCCCUUGCCGAAUCCACUGGCUCAUCUUCACAGCAAGACUACGAAAGAACCCCAUCGGCGUCACCACCCCGCAUGCAGGAGAAAAGCCCCGAAGACCUUCAGGUUGUGACACAUGUGCAGUACUCUGGAGAUAUCAAGAUGUCAUUAACCGCUGAGAUUCUCUUGGACUACCCGAUGCCAAGCUUCGUAGGCAUUCCGCUGAAGCUCAACAUCACUGGGCUUACAUUCGACGGUGUUGCUAUUCUUGCGUACAUCAAGAAGAGAGCUCACUUUUGCUUCCUCUCACCCGACGAUGCAGAUGCGCUGGUCGGCCGCGAAUCUCUCCAAGCAGAUUCGCAGGGACAUGGGUCAACCCUUGCGCAGCGACUGAAGAUUGGCGGUCUGCUCGAGAACAUCAAAGUGGAGAGCGAGAUCGGGGGUCAAGGCAGCGGUAAACAGGUGCUCAAGAACGUAGGAAAGGUGGAGUCAUUUGUCCUAGAACAGGUCAGGCGCAUCUUCGAAGACGAAUUUGUCUACCCAAGCUUUUGGACAUUCCUUGUUUGA